GAGUUCCUCGACCAAUCGCAGCGCCGUACGUGAACGCCGAGAAAACGCAACACCGCGAUUCAACACAGCGAUAAAGCGACGACGCCAUUAAUCCGUUUCUUGUUUGAACAAUUUAAUUUAUUUACCGUAUUAGUAAAUUACUUGUGACUCGUGUAUUGGUGUAUAAAAGUAGUGUAGCAUUGUUUAGUGCUUAUAAAGUGUAGUGAUUGUUUAAAGCAUUUUAUACAGAAUUGUAAAAAUGUCAGACACCGAACAGAAAGAGGCAAUAGCCGCGCGUGGUCGCGCCAAAGGGUCAAUUACACGUUUAAAAAACAGCUUUGACCGAGAAGCGCUCAUAAAUUCGCCGAUAGAGUUAGUGCUAGCAAAGAAAACUAGGCUUCUAGAGGCCUUUCGUGAAUAUGAGCGCCUCACUAGCAAGGUUGCCUCGCUUUUUUCCUCCCCAGCAGCUACUCUCGCCACCGAUGAUGAGGAGGUUGAAGACAACUACAUUUUAUUGUUAGCUCAGCUAGAAAGUAUAAUAAAUGUCAUCCGCCUGAGAGACAACCCUCCUCAAGCGAGCCCUAGCGUAAGUGUCAAGUCGGAGAACCUCAAGCUGCCUCGAGUCGUCAUAAAAACAUUCACAGUUGUCAAACAGCAUCUUGCUGCUCUGCAAAACCUGGGUGAGCCGGUAGAUAAGUGGGAUGCCAUAAUCAUUUGCAUCCUAUCUAAGAAGAUUGACCUGCCUACCUACAGAGCAUUUCAACUGGAGCGAGAUAAUAAUGUGUCGCCCACGGUAAAAGAAUUCCUAGGUUACGUGGAAAAACGUGCCCUAGCAUUUGAAAACACUGACGUCCAGAAGGGGCCUUCGCAGAGCUUUGUCAGCCAUUCUGUAGCUGCACAAGCAAAGCCGUCCGCGCACCAGCCUCAGCUGCAAUGUUUAUACUAUUCUUCUGACGCAGACGAAGAAUAAUGGAGACCAAGCAACCAAACAGCCUAUCGUGACUGCGGGCACUGCAAGUACUUCCGCACCGAGCCUUACAACCUCGAGUGCUGCAGCUUCGAGUACUUCAAUAGCAUGCGCCGCUACGCCACAAGGCCCGACACUAGUGCAGACAUCAUUUGGCGUGAUCAUCGGUGGUCGAAUGCAGCUACCUGCAAGAAAAAAAUCCAAGCAGGUAAUAUCUUUGCUUUGUACGGAAUGCAAUGAAUAUCAAAGCGACUUGUCAAGUGCUUUUGGGGAAACUAAAA